AUGGAUCCAUCCACCAGACUCGAACAAAGAAGGCUUAAAUUCUCAAAGGAUGCCAGUAAGAAAAUUCUUGAUGAUCCCUUGAGUGAUAAAUCGUUGAUUAGCAGGGGUUCCGAUUUAAGCAUUUUACAGAAAGAUCAAACCGCUAGGGAACAAUUACUAUCGAGAAUAAAAAAGUCGCAAGAUAAGCAUACAGUUGAUCAUGGCUUGAGAAAACUGAGAGAAGCUAUUGUAAGUGUUUUUAAUGAUAGUAGAGAUGAUCCUACUCUCAUAGCAUUCGUAUACGAAGUCUAUCAGUUGUCAUAUGAUUAUUUCUUCAGAGAACAAGAUUUCACUAAGUUAGGCAAUUUGGUACUCAAUUUUAUGUUUCAAAAGUUCCCUGCUGACUCACAUUUCCAGCAACUGUAUGCCCUCUAUUCAUCGCAUGUCGAGUCGAAUCUAUCGAAAUGUAUCUCUAUCUUAGCAAAUAACCGCCGCCCAUCUAUCACAGUGCAAGAAAGACAAUUGAUUCGUCUCUCGAGUAUCUAUCUGAUAAAUCUCGAAUCACCUUCGCAAUGGUUUUUCAUAUUGUCCCAUCUACCCAGGAGGCAAAUACAAUUCCUUACAUCGAUCGCGGCCUUCCAACAUAUGAAAGAGAGGUGCUAUAAGUACAUCAAGACAUGCUACAAUCAAGUAACACUGGAUUAUGUUUUAGAUAGCUGGUUCUACAACAUGGUUGGAAAUUCUGAUAUACCUAACGAUUGGCCUUUAGAAUCCAUUGGUGGGGUACAAACACUCGUCCUAAAGAGAGGUACCAAAACAUGA